UUUAUUGCUUUCCGCGUUGUUGUGUGUGGCGGGAAAUUACGUUAUACACCGUGGGUGUGGAGUGUCUGGUGUGAAAAUUGUCAUUUGUUGGGUCAAAUAACACUGAGGGAAGGACGAUUAUUGUUCACCCGAGGGAAAGGUGGGGGGGAUAAUAUAGGCUGUUUCCUGUAUGCCUUCUAGCCGAGUGCUAUAAUAUGUUAAGGAUGGGGAAGUUGUGUGGAGAGUCGUAGGAGCCUCAUGUUGUAAUAGGAGUUAAUGUAGAAGCAGAAAUGUCAAGCAGAUUGGACCGAUUGUUUGUGCUGUUGGAGAAUGGAGCAUCUGGUGUCACACGUCAAGCAGCAGCGCAGCAGUUGGGUGAAGUUGUGCGUCUUCACCCUCAUGAACUCAAUUCCCUCCUUAAUCGUGUUCAUGUAUACCUUAGUUCAAAAUCAUGGGAUGUCAGGAUUGCUGCUGGACUUGCAGUUGAGGCUAUUGUUAGGAAUGUACCACAGUGGAAUCCUCAGCCACUGCUGGUGGAGCAAGAUUUCCAAGAUGAGGAUUAUAAUAAACCAUCAGCUGGAAGAUUAUCACUGGGAGCAUUUAACCUCAAACAUGUUCUUCAGAAGGGCUCAUACCUCAUGGCUGCUGAUGAAAAACUUUUUGAAGCUGAGGAUGAAAAUAUGCCCAUUAAUCCAGCAGAGAGGCUUCUUUGCCAGCGUCGACUUGUGAAUCAGAGACUUGGCUUAGAUAUUGCUGAAGCAAUGGGUAUGGACAUUGAGGGUAUAUUUUCAAAUGAUGACUUAGCCGAAUCUCAGGUUGAAGGAACAACUUCAGUCAAUGGCCAGGGAAAGGAUACUGUUAUGAACAUUGUUAAAAGAGAAAUGAAGUCAGCUGGAUUGGUUUUAAGUUCAAGAGAACUGAAUCGGGCCCGACGAAAAGCCAAGCUCUUAGCUAAGCAAAAAUCUGUAGACGUAUCAGAAUGUGCAGGGGACGAUGGCCCUGAGAGGAAGCGUAUUCGUUUGGCAAGUGUGGUGAAUACUGAUCAAGCUGGUAGUGAUGAUGAAGACCGAAUGGUUGUGGAUGAAGGACCAGUUGGUCUUUGUUUUGGGGAUGAGGGUUGUGAAUGGCCCUUGGAAAAUUUCUGUGAUAAUCUUGCCACGGAUUUGUUUAGUGUUGCAUGGGAAACCCGCCAUGGAGCAGCGACAGCACUCCGUCAGAUAAUCAGAGUUCAUGGUCGAGGUGCUGGCAAGACAACGUACCAAACAAAGGAACAAAUGGAACAAAGUCAUCAGGCCUGGCUACAAGACAUGGCUGUGAGGCUCAUAUGUGUGUUGGCUCUGGAUCGUUUUGGUGAUUUUGUGUCGGACCAAGUUGUAGCACCAGUCAGAGAAACGUGUGCCCAAGCAUUAGGAAGUAUUUUACUUUUGCUAAGUGAAAAUGGUGUUUAUGGCGCUCUUGCCCUACUGGAGACCAUGUUGUCAUGGGGAGAGUGGGAGGCUCGGCAUGGAGGAUUGUUGGGCCUCAAGUAUCUUCUGGCUGUGCGAGAUGACUUGAGAACUAAGCUUUUCACCCAUACCUACCCUCACAUUUAUAAAGGUUUACUGGAUGACAUGGACGAUGUUGUCGCUGUGGCUGCGUCAUGUCUUGUCCCUGUGGCAGACAGUGUGGUGGUAUUACUGGAAAAGGAAGUAGUAAUGAAGCUGGUAGCUACUCUUUGGGAUGCCUUGUUAGACAUUGAUGACCUGACAUCAUCAACUAAUUCUAUAUUAAUGCUUCUUGCUAAGCUGCUAGUACAUCUAGGUAACAUUGACAGCAGUGCAACUAGCAACCUUAGUGAGCUGGUACCUCGUUUGUGGCCAUUUCUGUACCACAGUAGUAGCUCUGUCCGAGGUUCAGCUCUGAAGACAUUGGAUACACUUACAUCAUAUAUUACACCACCGAAAGUAUCUACUAACACAGUGCCUUCAACAAAUGUAAAUAACAAAGCUUUUGUAGAUGUGAAAUCGCCAAAAGAGAGAUUAGAACAGAUAUUGACAAAAAAUGUUGAUAUUAAAAAAGAAAGUAACUCUGGAAUAUUAGCCAAGACUGAAUUACCAAAUACUAAAGUAGAGGUUGAAAAUAUACAGCCGAAAGUUAACAAAAUAGAAAGCAAAUUUAUAUCCGAUGCAAAAGAAGAAAGUGAUAAAUCUGAUAUCCAAUUGGAAGUAGGAAGGUGUUUUAAAUUCGGAAGUACCAAGAAUGGAGACAGUGGCUUUAUAACAUCGACAACUAUAUCUGUGGAAGAUGCCUGUAAAACAGAUUCAGCAUUUACAAAAAAUGAACUUGAAACAGAAUCUGUGAAGAAUUUACAAAAUGCUCAUGUAACCAAAGAAAAAACAUUUUCCAAAACAGAGGAAAUUAAUUUAGAAAAUGAAAAAAGCAAAUCUUUGAAAGAUGGGGUGGAUGACUUAACACCAUGCACAGAUACUAAUACUGGCUCUGAGAAAAUGCCCGUAUCAUUGUGUAACUGGUUAAGUUCUAUCAUCCAGCCAGCAUUGUCACAUAUUUAUCAGAGAGCUUUAUUGGAAAAAUCUGCACAAAAUCUUGACCUUGUUUUUAAGAUAUGGCAAAAGAUGGUGGCUAAUGUGUCCCUGGACUAUCUUCUGCCAGCAGUGUGCCCCAUGGUCUCUUCCUGGUUGUUUCUCAUAAUGUCAAGUCAUAAAAUGCCUCUUGAUUCGACUCUGCUGCUCAUUGCUCAUCAUAACAAGUCAGGAGAGGGACGGAGAUUGCGUGGUAGUGCUCUAAGUGAUCCAGCAGAUAAACCGGAGAUGAAGUUUUACUUGGGGGGCUGCGAGCAGUGUAAUGAUACAUGUGAAAAGCAGCAGAUUACAGUCAGGGCUCGCUGUGCUGCAGCAAAACUUCUUGGUUGUCUUUCUCAAUACGUUAUUAAGCCUAUGCCGGGUGUGGAGUACCCGCCUGAGGAUACGCCAGUCCUAUGUUACGUGCGCCUUCUUAUUGCUCAUCUUAGUUCACGAUCAGCUGUUCAGCGUCUUGGGGCUGGGGCAGUAGUGAGAGAGUGGGCAUCAAUAUAUCCCAACCAAGAAUGCCAUCCUCAGCUGCAGAGUGUUCUUCAUACCUGCCUUACAGAAGUUGUGUACUAUGAUGAAAUUGCUUUAUCAUUUACCAGAUUACAGCAAGAAACACGUGACUUCAUGGCAAUGCUGAGACAUUACAAGCUGCCCUUAGAGGAGUCCUUCACUGCUGCUCCUGUUCUCACGCUUGAGCAGAUUCAGAAUCUGAGUGGGCACAUUUCACUGACUUUGUUCUCAGGAGGUCGCCUCAGGCCCAAGGUUCACACCACGCUGGAGGAGAGGCGGAAGGCUAUCCAGAGUAGUGUCUCCCAGACAUCUACUGAUCAAAUUAGUUUAGCAACAACGACUCAGGCAAUAAUCUCUGGAGCAGUUGUGAGAUUUAGAAUUCUGCCUGCUAAGCUUAACCCAGUCAUAAAGCCUUUAAUGGACAGCAUCAAAAAGGAAAAAAAUGAACAGUUACAGAGACUGGCUGCUGAGGACCUUACCAAGCUUUUGGAACAAUGUAUUGAUCGACCAACAAGUCCAAAUGGCAAAGUGGUCAAGAAUCUUGCAUCCUUCCUGUGCACUGAUCAAGAGUUCACACCUAAGAUCAAGCAACAGGACUGUGUAGCAUAUAGUACAGCUGACAGCAAAAAGGGUGUACUCAGCUUGUCUUCACAGUUGAAGAAUGCAGAGCGUCAACUACUGCGACGUACAUCAUCCGUGACAGGUCGGGGACCUGGCAGACCCCCUGGCCGUCCUCCCGCCAAUGCAAAGCGUGAUGAUCCUGCAGAGGUUACAGAAGCGAUUCUAGAAAAUGAGAAUCAACAGUUGGCAGAGAUUCAAAGACGUGGUUGUACAGUUGCCCUACAGUGUAUUGCUCAUUACUUUGGGGAGGACUUACCUCAAAAAGUACCUCAAAUCUGGGAGUUGAUCUGCAGCCCUUUCAGCUGUCCUGAAGGUGAGCCAACAGUAGAGAUGGCUCAAGAGGCUGUCAAUAGGAUGCAACUCCUGGAGGUGGUAGUGCCAGCUCUUCAUCCCAGGAUAGUCGCUCAGCUGGAAGCAAAGCUUCCCUUGUUAGACCACUGGCUAUACCACCCCUACUGUGCUGUCCGACACAUGGCCACCAGAGUGAUGGGAGCUUUGUCUUGUGUCCUUACUGUGCCAACCAUGACCCAUGUAGUGGAAAAUAUUGUACCUGCCCUUGGAGCCAUUGAUGAUGACAGUAAGAGGCAAGGAGCAGCAGAGUGCAUUUUUGCUGUUAUUGAUCGACUGGGAUUUAAUGUUGUGCCUUACAUAGUCCUCCUUAUUGUGCCUUUAUUAGGUCGAAUGAGUGAUCAAGACAGCAGUGUUCGUCUCAUGGCCACACACUGCUUUGCAACACUGAUCCGACUCCUGCCUCUGGAAGGUGGUGUUCCAGAUCCUCCUAACCUGAAUGAGGGAUUGUUGAAGCAGAAGAUUAGAGAGAGAGAGUUCCUAGAGAAGCUUCUUGAUCCAACAAAAAUUGAAAAUUACAAAAUUCCUGUGCCAAUCAAUGCCGAGCUAAGAUCAUAUCAACAGAAUGGUGUGAACUGGUUGGCAUUUUUGAAUCGAUACAAGCUCCAUGGUAUACUUUGUGAUGACAUGGGUCUUGGGAAGACUCUUCAGUCCAUAUGCAUUCUUGCUGGCGAUCAUUACACAAAAGAGCUACAACAGAAAAAGUCUGGUUGCAAAAAUAGCACCUUACAGUCACUUGUGGUGUGCCCGCCCACCCUAACAGGACACUGGGUGUAUGAAGUUGAAAAGUUUGUAAAAACCAAAUAUUUGAAUCCUCUCCAUUACACUGGCCCUCCAAAUGAGAGAUACAGGCUGCGAUGCUUCUUUCCUGAUCAUAACUUGAUUGUUGCUUCGUAUGAUAUUGUCCGAAACGAUAUAGACUACUUCUCGCAAAUUAGAUGGAAUUAUGUAAUAUUGGAUGAAGGGCACAUUAUCAAGAAUGGAAAAACAAAGUCAUGUAGAGCCAUCAAACAACUUGUAGCUCACCAUCGUUUGAUUCUAUCCGGCACUCCUAUUCAAAAUAAUGUCUUGGAGUUAUGGUCACUCUUUGACUUCCUUAUGCCUGGCUUUUUGGGCACUGAACGUCAAUUUAUGGCACGUUACUCCAAGCCAAUCCUGCAGUCUCGUGAUGCCAAGAGCUCUAGUAAAGAGCAAGAGGCUGGGGUUUUAGCCAUGGAAGCCCUACAUCGUCAGGCACUUCCGUUCCUGCUUCGAAGAGUAAAAGAGGAUGUAUUGAAUGAUUUACCUCCCAAGAUUACACAGGACUAUUAUUGUGAAUUAAGUUCACUGCAAGAGGAACUGUAUGAAGAUUUUGCCCGUACACAAGCCAGUCAAAAUAUCAAUGAUUCUCUUCGAAAUUCAGACCAAGGAAAAGAUGAGCAAGCACCAAGACCACAUUGCCAUAUAUUCCAGGCACUACAGUACCUUCGUAAUGUGUGUAAUCACCCGAAGUUGGUACUUAAACCCAGGCAUCCAGAGUAUGAGCGUAUCUCUGCCAAACUCAAGAGCCAUAAUUCGACACUAUCUGAUAUUUCCCACUCAGCCAAACUGCCAGCACUUAAGCAGCUGCUGGUGGACUGUGGUAUUGGUGUAGAUGGUGGGUCAGCAGCAGAAGCAGUUGUCUCCCAGCACAGAGCUCUUAUCUUCUGCCAGUUAAAAGCUAUGUUGGACAUUAUUGAGAAUGAUUUGCUCAAGGUACAUCUUCCAAAUGUGACAUACUUAAGGCUGGAUGGUUCAGUACCUGCUGGCUCAAGACAUGCACUUGUCCAAAGGUUUAAUGGAGACCCAUCUAUAGAUCUUUUGCUACUUACAACACAAGUUGGUGGUUUGGGACUCAAUCUUAUUGGUGCUGACACGGUAAUCUUUGUGGAGCAUGACUGGAACCCAAUGAGAGAUCUACAAGCUAUGGACCGUGCUCAUCGCAUUGGCCAAAAGCGUGUAGUCAAUGUGUACAGACUCAUCACAAGAGGAACACUGGAAGAAAAAAUUAUGGGGUUACAAAAGUUUAAGAUGAUGACUGCAAACACAGUCAUCAGCCAAGAGAAUUCCAGUCUACUCAGCAUGGGAACUGAUCAGUUAUUAGACUUGUUCACUCUGGAUUGUGGCAAAGUGGAUGCUGGUCAGAGCAACAGGGACCCUGGCAGUAGAAGCAGUGCCUCAGCGCAGUCCCUUGGUGUUGGCUCAACAGGAGUCAAAGCUGCGCUGGAGAAUUUACCUGAUCUUUGGGAUCAAGAUCAGUAUGAGAAUGAGUAUGAUCUUGACUCAUUUAUAAUGUCUCUUAAAAAGUAACUGGAAAAUAUCUUGUAUUUAAACAACAUUAAUAAAUCUAGUGACUGUUAGGAGCAAAAAUAAUACAAAGCACUCAGCCUUAUUUCUUACUAAACUAGUUGUAAAUAAUAAAAUGAAGCACCAUAUUUGACUUAUAGGUACAAAUUCUCACCAAGAGAAUGCAAUGUAGGAAAGUUGAUACUGAACUAUACCAUAGCAUGUAUCAUUUACAUGUAUUGGUUCCUUUGAAGCAGUAAUAUUGCUACUGUACUUGCAAAAGAGGAAGUUUUCAUUUUAGUAAUGUACAGUUUUAUCUUAAAAUACAGUGUUGCCAUGUUUUUUUAAUCGUGAAACAAAAUUUGUAGAAAUUUUUAAAAAAUAAAAACUUUAGACAAAGAACAACUUUAGCUGUUUAAGCUGUUUUAUCCAUAUCUGAAUUUUAAUGAGAUAUUGGAAUGCACGAAGAGUGAAAGCAGCACCUUCAAAUGAGAAGUUUAACAUUAGCACUAAUAUCUGUAAGACUUACUAAUGUUGCCAGUAUUGUUUGCCUAUGAUAUUUCAGUGAGACUGCAUGUACUGUACUCGUUAGAAGGUGCCGAGCAACUGUAACUUCAUCCUCUUACUUUGUAGAAUUAGUCUCCGAAGAGCGUGUGAGUCUUGUACUCUUAGUCAUUGUAUUUUAGGUUAGGACAUUACUUAUUGUGAAAGAAAAGUUGAAUGGAUGCAAAUGUGUAUAUCCUGUUCAUAUUUAGUCUUGUAAUGUUUUAUUGUGAUAAAUUAAUUUUUUAAGCCACUGUAUGCCCCUGUGUGUUCUAUUUAUUUAAGAAGUGAACAAAUAUUUGCUCAUAUAUUUUUUAUUUGAGCUAUAGUAAUGAAUAGGUAUAUAUGUUUUUAUCCUUUAUAAGUAUUAUAAAACUUCAAUAUUUUAAGAUAAGGUACACAUUUAAAUUAAUUUUUUGUACUUUAUUUAAAAUAAAUGUUGUCACUAUCAAGUAAUAAAGUUAGGUUUCUAUCCAGGAAUUUAAAGCAGUUUGGAG